AUGGCGACAGCCGAUCGUGCGCUAAGUGAGGCUUGGAAAGUGUAUAAUUCGGCCUACAAGUCGAUUGAAGCUGCAGUGGUUCUGGAGGAGAGUCGAGGUACGACACGUUCAGAUAAUAACGUACACUUCGGCAGGCAGUGUUCAGGAGGCUCUGAAGCAUUAUAAAGUAGCUAUUACAGCCCUCGAUAGGGCCCUCUCCUCACCGGCCGUGAAAGGAUGUAAGACACAAUUUGUUCAUCGAAUUUCUUUAGCAAACUCACAGGAUAUGAUGGAGGUGCGCUCGAAAAUGAAAAAAUACCGCGAACUCGCUGCGGAAAGAUGCGUAAUUCUUUGUGCGUCUCCCAGCUUGUUUUGAAGUGAAAUGCUUGGCUUUGGUGACUUCUUACUCUGUUUUUCUCUUUGCCUCACAGCCAGACCUCGGUCUUCCACUGCUUCGUCUUCCACAAGAAAGAUCCCUCCACCAGCGGCGAAGAGAUCGAUUGCAGAAGCAAAAGUACUUUCAUACGCCUUGCAUUUUAUCGUCUCUGUCCUAGGGUACUGCCUCCGAAAAACUGAAAAAAUAUGACCAGGCCCUUGUGGGGAAAAUUCUUGAUGACGUAUGGACCGACUGUUCGCAAGUUUCUUUCGAUGAUAUCGGUACACACAUUCGUUUUAUACCAUAAGUUGCACUUUAAGGAGAACCUUGAACAUUUUGUGGGUUGAAGUGCCUUCUCUGCCCAACAUUGCUUUCCCUCCUAUAAUUUUCCUUAUGUUUGUACCGGUACGCGUAACUGAAUUCUUGCUCGUAUGUACGUGGCGGAUCCAUCCCCUUUAUACUCUAGCCUCACGCUGAGCAUUACUUAAUCUCGACAUUUUAUUUUACUAGCAAAACAUAAGUAGGAAGAACUUUGAGGUAGAAAUGUUCUGCAUGCCCGAGAUCUGAAAUAUGGAGGUUGACAGAAGUUUGUCUCACACGAGCACCUCAGGUGACCUGCUAGUUCACUUCAGUUCAGUUUAUUGAGGGAAAUAGGCAUAAGCUUUUGAAUACCCUAUUUGCAACGUAAAAAUGUGUUGUAUACCGGAAAAGCUUCCGGGCUGAAAUAGUUCAAAUGAGCCCGUAAUGGUAGGACAAAAUGGGAGCGAGUCACAUGUGAUGAGCUCGAUCUCUCAUCGCUCCUGGACAUUUCGGAACAUGAAUAGUUCGAGGUUCUUUUUAAAGCUUUGUAUAGAUGGUGACGCCACAAAAUCUGCAGGAAGGGCAUUCCAUUAUUUGACCACUCGAACAGAGAAGGAGAACUUCCGCACAUCCAGCCUUGCCUGUUGAGUGCGCAGUUCAAACGGGUGACCUCAGAGGUUGGUCUUAGUAGCAAGUUGAAAAAAGUCCUCGAAGGGCAGGCUGCAAUCCAACUCCUUUACAAUGCGGAAUGCUCGCAAGAGAUCCCCGCAAAGUUGCCUGUAUUUCAAAAUUGUUUGAGUAGUUGGGCGACUGACUACUGACACCGAGGAGAUAUGUUAGUUACUAUUAGCCAUCAAAGUUGACUGUAAAAUUGGAUUGCAUUCGCGCUUUGUUUCAGAUAGUGUACCAUUGGCCUUACUUUGCAAAGCCAGGCCCUUAAUUUGUCCUUGUGUUCAGUUCUAUUUCUCACUUGCUUACUUGCCCCUUUGGAAUCCUUGCGUUCUGACCACAAACUUGCUUUUUAAUGCUUCUUCCUCUCAAGCUGGAAAUGAAGAAGUUAAGGAGCAUCUCCGCGAAGCUGUCAUUUAUCCAGCUCUCCGACCUGAGCUCUUUACUGGUCUCCGAUCCCCAGUCAGGGGAAUACUUCUCUUCGGACCUCCGGGAAACGGGAAAACCAUGUUGGUUCGUGCUGUUCAACAGCUUUGUGGAUUUAACUCCCAUAAAUGAUUACCGUAAAUAGAAUGAGAAUCGGCCACGGCGGGAAUACAGUGUCGCAACACUUAGAAUUGUCUAUUCCCCCACCAGCCUGUCUUACGGGCGGACUACUACUACUACUUCUACUACUAUUACCACUAAUACUACUACUACUACUACUACCACCACCACUACUACUGCUAUUAGUACCACUACUACCGCUGUUACUACUAAUACUACUACCACUGGCGGGAAUACAGUGUCGCAACACUUAGAAUUGUCUAUUCCCCCACCAGCCUGUCUUACGGGCGGACUGCUACUUCUACUUCUACUACUAUUACCACUAAUACUACUACUACUACCACCACCACUACUACUGCUACUACUACCACUACUACCGCUAUUACUACUAAUACUACUACCACUGGCGGGAAUACAGUGUCGCAACACUGAAGAAAACUUUUUCCCCCGUCUACCACCACUGAUACGGCGAAUACUACUAAUAAUCCUACUAUUAGUACUACUACUACUACCACCGCCACCACGGCUGCCAAUGCUACUCUACCAACGCUUACAGUAUGGGUAACUAACUGCAAUAAUACUAGCAUCAGUAACGGAGUGUUGCGACACUGGUAUCCAACCUCGGCGCCACUUGCUGUCGCGUAUGCAGAGUGCACGUUUAACUUCCAUAAACUCGUUGGGGCUGGAAUAUUACCAAACACUGAUUAAAUCCGCAGAAUUUAUCAGCUUGGCUUCCCGUGGGGUAAAAUGCAUUCCUCUAAUAUUUGAAAAUCGUCUCUCACUAUAUGCCAACUGUGACUUCCUUAACGUUAUUCCCUUGUGCUUUUGAAACUGAUGUUUUCGGCCUUUCUUGUCGUGACGAUAACAGUCUUCUUAUCCCAGUAUUAUAAUGCCGUGUACUGUGUGCUACAAUUUUUUGACUUCAGAUGUCGGAAAGCAGCGUAUACCUGACGGUGCCAUGCUUCGUUUAGACGGCUAAUUUUACCAUCGAAGGUCUCUUGGUUGUCCACUCCCUAUUAUUUCGUUUAUAGUCAGCCCAGCUGUUCUUUCCUCCCAUAGCUACUGAUACGUAGCCUGUAUUGGGAAUCCCCCUUCGAAAAGUCCCAACCCAUCAGACCAAUAUUCCCAGGCCGUGACUCUACUAGCGUCUCUUGAUACGUUUGGUGACGUUACACCUUAUAAUUGCAGUGGGUCAAAUGUCACGGUAAAAGCUAUACUUCUGACCCCGUUCACGAACUCACUGUCUUUCAAUGCACAAUCUUCUUAUUUGUUCCACAGGCAAAGGCAGUUGCCACCGAGUCCAAAUGUGUAUUCCUGAACAUCAGCGCUGCCAGCAUACUAUCCAAGUGGGUAGGAGAUUCAGAGAAGUACGUAAAAGUUCUCUUUGCUGUUGCUCGAGCCCUGGAACCGGCGAUCAUCUUCCUGGACGAGGUCGACGCUCUUCUGAUUGCUCGGAAGGAGGACAACAACAAUGUGGGAAGGCGUGUUCUCACCCAGUUUCUCGCCGAAGUCGAUGGUGUAUGUGCUCUCUUGAAUGUCUUCUGUUGCGUCAGACGGCGGCUUUAUCUCCGCUUUAUGCCUUCCACCCGAUGCCUUCUCCAGUCGACCUUAUUUGAACUCGGUGCUGGCGCAUGAUGGGCUGGGGAGGGGAGAGGGAGGCGCUGACGCUGCACUUACUUCCAUCACGCUCUACUAAAUUUGGCAGACUUUAGGAUGUGGUGAUAAUCGUGGCUUGGGAGAUUGUCAAUUGACUGGCUGAUUCAGCCCUACUCCAGACUGAGAUUCAGGCUGUAAUGCCCCCCUCUUAAUCAAUCCUUAUGCUAUUCCUUACAGAUGUCAAACACGAGUUAACAAAGGCCCAUCCGCGUGCAUAGAGGGGCCGUCGCGUGUGUGGUACGCGUAAGUACAGUAGAUGUGCUAACUCAUGAAAUGUCAACCAAAAUGUCGAAAUGCGUUCUCGUUUCGAAAAGAUAAAUUGAGUAGUGUUGUAAAACUAAUCAUGAUGCGGCAUACAUCUAUAAUGAUCCAGUUACCGCAGGGUGUCGGCUUUCGAAAGAACAUAUUUUCGGUUGCAUGCAAGAUCUAUACUCUGCAAAAAAUGACUACUUAAUUAGCUGAAGUAGGCAAGAACGGCAGGAUUUAUUGGUACCAAAAAAUUUCGCGACUGCUCUUCAGCUGCGUCCUGUCGCUUCAUAAGAGAGAUAACGAGUGAGAAGAAUACAGCAGAUUUGAAUUCGUGCAGAAAAUCAAUGCAGAAACUGCAAGGUUAAGGUUUUGGGCAAAGCCGACUAAUCGAUAAAGUUAGUAACACAAACACCGUAGGGGAAGAAAGUGAAAAAAAGGAACGUUAAAGAGCAAAAAAAUGAGAGGAGAGAUGGGGAAUCAUGGAGCUAGAGGCUACCAUGGCAAUGUUAGGUUAACCACGUGUUCCAAUUGUUUACAAAGAUCUGGUUUCACUCGUAUAUAGGCUGCCUCCAGGUAACGCAUGCAAUUUUCUCAUUGAUUGUCGAUGCCCUUGUAAAUUCAAUUAUCUUUAAUGGAAAACAUGCAUAAAAAUAUUCAUUCUUUUACUUAUUCGGUAGAAAAUCACGUCUUCUUCCAAUUUCAUACUCAAAAAGAAGAGUAUAAUUCGCCUUUAAAAAAACUUUUCUAAUUCCCGAAUAAUUUUGAACCCGACCUGCUGUUACACUUGCAUUCAGGGUUUCAAAACUACAAGCUGUAUAUUUUUCGGGUACGGAAAACCAUGCAUUUCUCUACGGUGUUAAGAGGAGACCAUAUGAGGUUCAUAAAAUUAAGCAGUGGAUUUGAGCAAUAUUGUUAUCUUUACAAGCCACAUUCGUAAAUGCAGAUACAUGACGUUUCAUGAACGACUAUUUAACGGUAUUAAAAAAUCUCACAAUUAGAAACUUUUUUAAAACCGAAUUAUACUCUUCUUUUGAGUAUGAAAUUGGAAGAAGACGUGAUUUUCUACCGAAUAAGUAAAAGAAUGAAUAUUUUAUGCAUGUUUUCCAUGAAAUAUAAUUGAAUUUUCAAGGGCAUCGAAAAUCAAUGAGAAAAUUGCAUGCUAAUUAAGUAGUCAUUGUUUGCAGAGUAUAGAUCUUGCAUGCAGCCGAAAAUAAGUUCUUUCGAAAGCCGACACCCUGCGGUAACUGGAUCAUUAUAGAUGUAUGCCGCAUCAUGAUUAGUUUUACAAUACUCAAUUUAUCUUUUCGAAACGAGAACGCAUUUCGAAAUUUUGGUUGACAUUUCAUGAGUUAGCACAUCUACUGUAGGUCUUUAUGGUCACGCUGCCAGCGCGUCUAUGUCUGUCUCCUCAUUGUGCCUGAAAUCACGCACUAGCUACCGUAACCUCCUGAUCUAAUAAUGCUUCUCGUCGAGUGCGACAAAAAGGACUGUUUUGUGCUUCGAUAAAGACUGACGCUUGUAGUUAUGGUAUGCGUGUACUGGCUAUUCUCCGUGGAAGGGAGGGGCACCCAGUUCGAAUACUUAUGCAAGGACCUGUACUUCGAUCGGGCCACCCUGUUGGGUGCAAUCUAAAAUGUGGCAGAUGGAACUAAAAAACCAGCCGUGCAAGGUCAUGAAAAACUUAUCGAACGCCCUAAACAAUCUGUCUAUUAGGAAAUCUGGCCAGUUGGAUACGGCAGCGUGAACCCUCUCCCUCCGUAAUAGAGGUGGCCGGGGGCCAAUUUUUUGGAUACCUAAUCGCAUUUUCUAACUCCAACCCUAGCCCCCAAUCCUGGCACUAACGCUAACCCAACCCCGGGAAUUUUGGGCAAGGCCACCUGUCUACAUCCUCGUGUCCAACCAGCUGGCCUAAGGAAAGUUGCAAUAUAGACAGACCUAAAGCAUCGUGGCGCAAUAGCAUUUCAGCUAGCAUUAUUCCGGCUACUUGUGGCGUUCAUGCCAGGGCGGUCGUCAGCUAAGUACUGCAUGUUUUUUUAUCGCCCUCCGCUGCUCAUGCAAGUGUGCUUAUCGCAAAUAACAGCAGCAGGAGCGUUGUCUCUUUUUUGUUCAGUCGUUGAAAAUCUGCUUUCCUCUGAGGCCUUGAGCUUGUGAGAACUGGGUGUUUCCCCGCCGAAAAAUCAUUCGCAGAUUUUUGUGACAUAUUAACAUAAGGGAGGGCUCUCUGCAUCAUAUAUUUCUUCAUUGGCCACCUGCUUGCAAGCUGCUUAGUGCUUCAAAUUUCAUAAUUUGUUUCCCGGCACUAUGAAGGGUCAUCUUGACAUAGAAUUGGCUUACUCAGUGGGCAUGAUCCAGAGGCCUCUACAAGUCUGUGACAUUUCUUUCCAGGCUGAAAUAUUCUCGUUUCUUUGUUGCACUACUUCAAGCCGACGCAUUAUUGUUUCAAAUGACUGUACAAAAUAAACUCUUGAUUUUGAUAAUGCCUGCAGUAGGCGUCGAAACUCAUAAAACUCUGGCCGAAGUCCUUUAUUAUGCUUUAGAGCAAGAACGUCGGCUGGAAUGAUGGUGCAACGCUAAUUAUACGGGCUUUCGGUUAGAAGCCCUAUUGAGUAACCUGUUUAAUUCGCAAUUCACGAAAAAUCACUGCGUUUUUUAGCGUGCAGUUGCAACUGUCUCUGAACGCUCGUAGAAAUUCUGCUGCAGUUUCCAGAGGCGUGCAAAAAAAUUCAUUUCUGACCCGUAUAUGGUGUUGGAAAGUUGUUUAAGACGGGUGCACUUCCGUUUGGGAUAAUUUUCACAAUCCCUGCAUAUCCUGUAAACCAAGUUAUGUUUUCAGUUGUUUAUGAGAUUUACGGGUUGCAUGAUGUAUGUUUGCUUUAACGCAGACUCAUUUAGCACCUCGGGUUCUUUAUCAGAGAUCUCAUUUCGUUCACAAAGUGCUGUAAUUACUACAAGUGAUAUGUUUGAAAAACGGCACCGAUUCAUCCGUGGAUUUAGUCAAUGCAACUCACUGCGAUGCUCUCAAAUGCCAUUGGUACAGAUGGUGCAAGCAUAAAAAGGACAUUUUUGUGCAUUUACUCGUAGAAAUACGACCAAGUGCAUGCAAGAAUUGUAAAUCGAUGGCAGAAUACACACAACUGAAGCUGUAGCUUUUUCUCAAUUGUUAUUUAACCAGAAGCCGUCAUAUAACCAUGUGUUAGUUUUCUUGCAACGGUGUUUUGAGCUAUAUUCGUACCUAAAGGAAUUUUCGGAGGCCUCCGUCGAUGCCCUACGGGUUUCGGAACUGUCUACGAUCUCUACUCUGUACUUGUAGCGAGCGCUAAGGACAGAACUGUCAAUCCCAGACAAUGGAUAUCACGAUAAGACCAGAGUUAUGAAAGAAUUAACACUCAAAAGUCAAACGACCUGGCAAUCCAACACAUGCCGAGCGCGUCGCGUAGAGUUGUGUUUCUUCCAUUCAGUUAAACAACCAGUAAGUUCAAGAAUAAGGAACAGGUAGGGGAAGGCAAGAUAGGCUGGCGCCUCGGAACAUACUAUUCUACCAAGCCGAGUGUCUCUUCUCCCCACCCUCUGAUUUCAGUGCAUUUACCGGAUAAGCACUCUUCAUGCAUUUACCCGAUGCGAAUCCGACCCUUAACUUCUAUCUCAUGCCUAAAUCAUUCUAUAUGUUGCUUCAGGCCGGUUCCGGCGAAGAGCGCAUUCUUGUACUCGGUGCAACCAACAGACCCCAAGAGUUAGACGACGCAGCCCUUCGUCGAUUUCCCAAAAGGCUCCUGGUUCCCAUGCCGAAUUUGGCUGCCAGAACCCAGCUGCUGAACAUUCUGUUGCACAAUCAGCCGGAUAUCAAGUUAUCUGCAUCAGACAUCAGCCGAGUUGCCCAGUAAGUGCUUGCACGUAGUCCCCAUGUGACUUUUAUAUCCAUUACGGCUCAUCCAGAACCUUACGGAUGGUUGACGCAUUUUACUUUUGCCACCGAAUUUUUAUUUGGCCAACUUUCGUUCUCCCUGAAAAGUUGUGACCAUCGCCAUUGCUUCACAGACAUUUUAGGCAACUGGUUCCCUUUCUCAGGAGUGAUUAGUGUAUGAUAGCACAUACCUAGCCAGUUUGUUGUCUGCUAAGGCGGGGCUGCCGGUCCUUUUCAUCCCGUGACGCGACAUUUGGAUUGUCAAGACGUUUUGACGGUGUUCUUUGGCGUGCAAUAUCGCCAACGUCCGCCAAUACAAUACGCAGAGACACCUGAAGCACUUUGAUAUUGGCCUGAAAAGGCUUAGUAUCCUUAUGAAGUUUGGACACGUAUAGUCACUGCCGUCCUAUCAACGCUGCAGGUUUAUUUGAUUUCGCAAAAUUAUGGCAUGGAGGGGUGGACUGCAAAGCAGUAAACCUCUCUUGGACAGAUUUAAAGGCGCUUUUACCAAAACUAAAUCAAAUUUACGUAGCCAGCAAUCAUUUGCGCCUGUGGGCAUUAUGUGAACUAACUCAUGAAACGUGAUGAUUUAAGUCUAUCUGACUACUUCUAUGUAUCUUAAACGUGCUUUUUACGUAUUUACCUAACCAGAUCGGGAAAAUGUCCUUCUUGCAUACGGUCUAUGUUUAUACAUCAUGUCCGAAUUCCAGGUGUCUGUAUAAGUAAGGAAGUACAAGACUGGUUGUCUACCGGAAGCAUUUAUUUGCCUGGGCUUUCUAACUCCUGUAGGAGUCCACCGUAAGAGCAGGGAAACAGGCGACGGUUAUAGGGAGUGCUGGACAAUCAGGGACCAGUAACGCAGACGUGGAGACAGCCGCUCAGGGCUCUACAUACCGUCGUCAAAUCGAUACAUUGAUUGAUUAAGUUCUCAUCCAAUGCCCAAACUUCAAUCAAUUCUCGGCUUAUCUUGUUUCGGGCGUGACCGAUUAUCUCAGUGGCCGUGAAGUUAAACUCGUGACCCGUUUCGUAGGUGUCGGCGGCCACCUGUGAUAGCUCUUCCCCCUGUCGCACAGCCAGUUUAUGUGCGCGUAUGCACGAUUCGAGCAUGCGUUCAGUCAGACCUGUGUAAGUACAAGGGCAGCUUAGGCACGCAAUAUGGUACACUAUGCCUGACUAUUCCCUCGGGUUUAAUCUGCCAUUGAUUUUUAUGACCUUUAUGCAUUUUUUUCGGCCGGUGGGCAACUCCGACGCAGCAAUGCGAUGUGAAUGAGGGCGUCACGUUGAAAAAGAUCAUAAUUUCGUCCGAUUUAACCCUCUGGCCUCGGAGGUCUACAGGGGAUUGAGAGGCUGAUCGAACUGAGGUAGUCUAAUUGCCUUAAAAGAACUCCAGUUUUGAGUACAUUCAUACUGCCAACUUAUAGGUGAGGCCGCCAUUUGAGGCAACGAUUGAUCGCAGUGAAUUGUUUGGUUUGUGGGCCUUUGGCAGACCAUAGAAUCGGGGCAGAGCAGUGCCAGUUGGUUUUAUUUGGCGUCAUUAAUCCUCCGUGAUCACGCUUUUGUGCAUGAGUUCUCUAAGUAACUUACUCAACCAGCCUGCUACUGCUUUGGCUUGUGAGUUCUGUGCUACUCGGUAAAAUUCUCCGCCAUCAAGUAGAGUCUUGAUUUUUUUUAUGAUAGUCUUCUCUGUUCAAAACAACCGUUGAUCGUUCCUCCUCAGUUCCUUCAUAGCUUUUGAUUCACUCUGCGAAACACAUUGAGUUGAUCUGUGUGACAUCAGUAGAGAUGUAACACGUUAUCGGACGGAGUGUUACGUGUCGUCGGUUGUUUAAGUUCACGCAAGCCGAAAAUCGAUUGAAGCCUAAGGCUUGGAUGAGAAUUCGGUCAAUCAAUGUAUCGAUCCGGCACCAGCAUACAGAGCCCUGCGCGGCCACCUCCGUGCCUGCGUCCCCGACCCCUGAUUGACCAACAAUUCCUAUAACUGCAACCUGUUCCGUCGCUGCUUUUAUCUCUGACGAUGGAUUCCUACACGAAUUCGAAAGCUCGGGCAAAUAAACAAAUGCUUGCGGUACUCAAGCAGUGUUGUUCUUCUAUACUCAUAGUUUUAUAAGGCAAAAUGUAUACUAUUUUGGAUGGAAAUCUACGUUAACAUAUAUUCAGUAAGUUUCCCUCGUUAAUAGGUGUCUUACACUGAGUUUGCACAUCCAUGUGUUUUUUAAUCUCUGAAGUCUUACCAUACAAAACUUCCCGCACUUGAGAAAUCAUUUUUUGUCCCUGCAAAUCACGUUAAGCGGGAUGUGAACUAAAGCGUUUUUUUACAAAAUCAGGUUUUAUAGAUUUUAAAAAGCCAGAGUUGUAAAUCUCUGACUUCAUGCCCUAAAACGUAAUUAUAACGCCUCCGGGCAGUCCGUUGCUUAGACUUACCGACAUGUUUCUGCACUGUUGUGCAUUUUCCUUCGUAGGACGUAAGAAAGGGCAGCGAAAACGGUUCCAAAAUAAAUGGAAAUGCGAGUUCCUUUUUUGUAGCAGACAAAUUAUCAUUUAUUUUCUGGGAGUGAAGAGCCAGCCAAAUGUUCAGUUUUCUUCUUUUACCCUGGGAAAUAACUUCUUAAGGUGCUUUUUAAGAAGGCAGCUCAUAAGAGAAAGUUCUCCACUUGGUCUGGAGCAUAUUAUUCACCCACUUUCGUUGUGGACGUUCAUGUGUUCUGGGCGAUGAGGUUUCAGGUCUAAGAUGAGUCUGCGAAUAUGACCCAACCGGCCAUCUGCAUUAGAAAGACUGCCCAAGAACUCACCACAACGUUUUCAGAAAAUAUUUUGUUUUAAGAUUUUGAUAAACUCGUAGCACAGUAUCUAUCUUCAUGCGCAGUCAACCUAGAACAUUGAAAUUCGUAUUCACCGAUAUCAGAAGGACACUAAAACUCAACGGAAUCAAUCGUCACUAAAGACGACAUAGAGAUUUUACGAAAGAAUAAAGUCGGUUAGAUCGCAGUUGGUAGUCAGGAAUGGGGAGGCGGACAGCCAGGUCCCUGUCGUACAGGAAUGGUGGGAAAGGGAGUUAUAUGGAUGGGGUAAAUUUAAGGGCUGGUAGAGGAAUGCUGGAGUUUCUCGGUAAAAGUAAAGUUACCAGGGAAAGUGUUGGGAAGUUUUAGGUAGGUGGAAUAAUGGCAAAAAUUUUAACCCUACGCUUAACCCUAAAGUCCAACCUUGACCGCAGCCAUAAGACCUAACCCUAAACCUCAAAGCCGAAACGUAACCAAAACUCUAAAACCCAAUGCUAACCCAAAACCUAGCCAUUACCCCAACCCUAAGCGUAAUCUUAACCGUAACCUUAACAGGAAUCUAAACCCUAACACUGACACUGGAACCUGACCCUAAAACGCAAACCUAAUCCUAAAACUUAACCUACGCCUAGCCCUAUCCCUCACUAAGCCCAACAGUCUGACCGAAACGGGCGACCUGCCUAACUCAGUAAGAGCACACCUACUGAUAACAAGUUCCCUAGACAAGGUAAGCACACCUACUGAUAACAAGUACGUACGUCGACAGUAUCACCGUAUAAUGUCUGGCUACCAACUGCGGUCUUACCGAAAAGUCUUCUCUGACGCGCACACAAAAUGGCAUGCUUAUGGUUGUAUGUACUAUCGAGAAUCACCUACUAGAUUCAUCAAAUUAGACGUUGUCCGGUAGGGUUUUUGAUCGGAAUCUAGUCACGCCCUUCGCCGGCUCUAAAUAACACAGGCGGGAUGACAUUCUUCAAACCAAAAUGCCCCGAGGACGGUGACGUCUUUCUUUGCGAAAUCAAGCCAGAUUCUCUUUGACCUAGUCAAACGCACCUCAAACAAUGUAAAAAAGGGAACAAAUAUGGCCAAUUCUCGUGGAACUGUUUUGGGACCUACACUUAAACUGUUGGCUACUGCCAUGCCUGACACUUCACUAACUCUUGAAGGAGAUUUAAGUACAAACUGCGCCAAAAGACUACUUUCAAACGUUAUUCUUCUUAUGCUGCUUUGUUUACUCAGGCUUUCUAUACAGUUUGCUCAGUGAAAACGACUUUUGGCGUUUUCGUGAUUUCCGCUUAUCUAAAAGAAUUGUUAUUUCUAGACAACGUAAUGUUAUUUUCGAUGGCUCUUUUGUGUUUUCAUUUUUUUGGAGAUCGUUAAUUACAAAUUUGCAGUUUUGGUCAACAGAUUUGGGCCUGGUUUCCGAGUAAUAAGAAAUUCUUCUGAGAUUUAGGCACGUUUCGUGUUAAGUACUGUGCACCCUAGCCGUCCCGGAAUUUGUCUGUCCAUUUACCAAGUCGUUUGGUCUGGUCAACCGGAUUAUCACACAUCAUUGUAACCUGGACUAAUAAAGGUCACCAAGCCCACGCGCGCGGUUAGCUGUCUGCGCCAGCUCAGCAAUUACCUAGCGGACCGAAGGAAACACUGAUAACAGCAGGGAAGCGCAAUAGAGUACGGUGUGAAUCAGAGACAAUUGUUUGCUUGGUGCUUUUGACGGAUUUGAACAACUCAUUUGGCCCGUUUGGAAGACAUCGGCAACCCCGGUGGGACUCGAAUUUACGAUAGUAAGGACGGGGUUUAAGUACAGACAGCGAUCUGACCACCUGGGCUACGAGUCCCCGCCGGAAGCCGUGAAUUUAAUCACAUUUGGGUCAAGUUACCCACCCAGCCUACUGAAACGUCUGGAAAUCCCUCAAUUCUGAUUGAGUAGACUGACUGCCCAAUCAGUCUAGAAUCCACCAGACGACCACGGGGCCCACUUAAUUACAGUGGAUGUGCUAGCUCAUGAAACGUCAACCAAAAUUUCGAAAUGCGUUCUCAUUUCGAAAAGAUAAAUUAAGUAGUGUUGUAAAAAUAAUCAUGAUGCAGCAUAAAUCUAUAAUGAUCCAGUUACCUCAGGGUGUCGGCUUUCGAAAGAACAUAUUUUCAGCCGCAUGCAAGAUCUAUACUUCGCAAAAAAUGCCUACUUAACUAGCAUGCAAUUUUCUCAUUGAUUUUCGAUACCCUUGAAAAUUCAAUUAUAUUUCAUGGAGAACAUGCAUAAAAAUAUUCAUUCUUUUACUUAUUCGGUAGAAAAUCACGUCUUCUUCCGAUUUCAUACUCAAAAGAAGAGUAUAAUUCGGUUUUAAAAAAGUUUCUAAUUGUGAGAUUUUUGAAUACCGUUAAAUGGCCGUUCAUGAAACGUCAUGUAUCUGCAUUUACGAAUGUGGCUUGUAACGUUAACAAUAUUGCUCAAAUCCACUGCUUAAUUUUAUGAAUCUCAUAUGGUCUCCUCUUAACACCGUAGAGAAAUACAUGGUUUUCCGUACACGGAAAAUAUACAGCUUGUAGUUUUGAAACCCUGAAUGCAAGUGUAACAGCAGGCCGGGUUCAAAAUUAUUCGGCAAUUAGAAAGGUUUUUUAAAAACGAAUUCUACUCUUCUUUUGAGUAGGAAAUUGGAAGAAGACGGGAUUUUCUACCGAAUAAGUAAAAGAAUGAAUAUUUUUAUGCAUGUUCUCCAUGAAAUGUAAUUGAAUUUUCAAGGGCAUCGAAAAUCAAUGAGAAAAUUGCAUGCUAGUUAAGUAGGCAUUUUUGCGAAGUAUAGAUCUUGCAUGCGGCUGAAAAUAUGUUCUUUCGAAAGCCGACACCCUGAGGUAACUGGAUCAUUAUAGAUUUAUGCUGCAUCAUGAUUAUUUUUACAACACUACUUAAUUUAUCUUUUCGAAAUGCGAACGCAUUUCGAAAUUUUGGUUGACGUUUCAUGAGUUAGCACAUCUACUGUAAUUGGCGUUUUGACGUAUUUGAAUAAUUCAUCUGGAUUUGACUGGCAGUAAUUAGAAUGUUAAAUUUUCGGCCGUCUUAGACACGCUGGUACGAGCACAAAAGCCGUAAACAGUGGAAUGGGUGUUUUCUUAAUUUUUCGGCAGGGGUUAAAUAUAUUCACGGGGUUAGGAAAAGCUACGGAGGACUUUUUACAAUAUUUAUAGAGGUAGUUGUUUUUUGGGUACAGUUUUGGCCGGCCCUUGUCGACAGGAUGACAUUUGCUGACCUGCACCUCUCCGAGGAGUCGGCGCUGCUGGAAUGUCCACAUUGCUUCAUUGUUCUGAACCCCCAAAAAGUAAUUAUUUGCUAAAAGUUCGGCACGGAGAGCAGUCAAAUGGUGAAUAAAAUACUGGAAGCAUUGUUAGAUGGAAUGAAUACUUUCGCCAGUAAAGCGGGAGUGUUAGAACGUUGGCGAAUUUGCCAGACAACAGUCAGUGUUUUCUUACCCUGCGCAUAUACUUAAUCCAUGCCAAUUUUCAUUGAUCGUGAAUACUGUCGGAUUUUAAUUUCCUCAGAAAUUAUCUACCAAGUUGGAGUAGGUCAGUAUAUUCAAGGUCUAUAGGCUCAGACCGAGAAUUUCAUGUAUGAAUAUUUGAGCCAAAGCCCAUUAGCCACAACGGGUAAUCGCGUAAUAUUCAUUAACUGUCGACAGACAACUAGUAGUAUAAUUUAGGGUAAGGUGAUACCAUACUAACAGCUCAGGUACUAGCCAAAAGCCCCUACACGCGUGUUUCGCCGAUAUUCUGCCGCUGCAUGCUGUUAGUAUGGUGUCACCUUACCCUAACGUAUACUACUAGCUGUCUGUCGACAGUUAAUGAAUAUUACGCGGUUACCCGCUGUGGCUGAUGGGCUUCGACCCAAAUAUUCAUGUAUAAAAUUCUCGUUAUGAGCCGACAGACCAUGAAUAAACUGAUCUACUCCGUAUUCAUAGUUAAUUUCUGAGAAAAUUAAAAAAGUAACAAUUUCCUCCCUAGCAGGUUUCCAACCCGGGACACUUACCCAAAACCUCAAUACAUAAAAUUCCCGGUCUGAGUCUAUAGACCUUGAAUAUACUGAUCUACUCCAACUUUGUAGAUAAUUUCUGUGGAAAUUAGAAAGCGACAAUUUCUAAAUUGGACUAUCUACCAGAGAGCAGACAGGGAAUGCUGGGGGACCCACUGACGAGCCGAACCCCUCGCGGCUACGCAAUACAGCGGCAGAAUAUUGGCGAAACACGCGUGUAUGGGCUUUUGACUAGUACCUAUGUUGUUAGUCUGGUGUCACCUUAUCGUGAAUACUGUCGAAUAGCGGGGCACGCGAUGUGGUGGGCACGGCGCCCUGUGGGGGCUCUCUGUUCGAUCUCUGGUGCAACACUGACACGGGCUCGGCUGUGAACGCAACUCGCGCUGCGAACUGACGCACGCGCGCGCACACACGCACACAGGGCGAAAGUCUUGAGCGUUUGCCGUUUGAAGUUCGGUCUUCAUGUCGUUCUCGUCUGAUGCGCACCCAUAACACUCGUUGCCAGUUCUUGCAUGACAUGUAAUUCUUUCAGAUGUACACGGACCGCCAGUAAAUGCCACCCUCGCCCCCCCCCCCGCCCCCACCACCACCAGCACCCAAAAAUGAAGCAGUUAUAUCUCAUUGUGCACCCUCGUUGAGGCGCUUAAAUCUUGCUCGCCGUAGUCAGCGAUUUUUCGAGCCUCGGGCGGUAGCACCCAGGAGUCGUGUAAAUGCAGACUGGAAAUGUUUUAUUAGCCAGUACUGGACAGAUCGUGUCAGUUCCCGACAUUUUUGUGCACACAUGGCCGGUGGUUGAAUGAGUUAGGUCUCAGGCGCAGAUGCUUAAGUCAUGUGCCUUUGUUGAAUUUUGUCGGUCGUAGACAGAUGCACCUCUCUAGCUAAUUCCACAGCAAAAUCAUAUGUCGAGCACCUCAGUUUGAGGGUGGUGUUUGGAGUCGGGGUUGCAUGGCCAGGAAAAACGGCAAAACAUGCGCGGUUGUUUUAAAAAAAAUAACCCGUGCAAUUGCUCUUUUUGUAUAAUUGAAUUAAAUCGGAUCAUACUCGCACUUGGUUGAAUUUAUAGACCGCCGAACUCAAGCCGCACAAAUCGACUUUUCUUUCCAGAAGUCAGGUUAAGUGUCGGUUAUAUCAUUUCCUGGAAGCGUUGCCUUGGUGCAGAAUGUGGAUUUUCGAAGGAGACAUUACUGCUUCCUCCGCAAGUACCCUUGGAUUGGUGAGCCGUGCGCGUAUGGCAAAUCUAUGGGAUAGUCGAAACCCUUCUACAGGACGACUUUUCCCCCGAAUGCGUACAAGUGAAAGCAUGCCUUAGUACGUUGUUCAUAGGCCAUUAAGGAACAUCAAUUCUAGCUGCACAUAGGAAGGCCGUGGCGAUAUGCAUCUACAUACAAAUGGGCAGCUUUAUUAACCGGGCAUUAAAAUCAAGACAGCCGACCGUGGGGUCGGUACGGGACAGCGUGCCAGACUGCCUGCGACACGGCAGCAUCGCAGCCGACGCCCUGGGUGUGGCUGGCGGUAAGGAUGAACCAUGCACGUGACCGGAAGGCGGCGACGGCGGUUUCGGCUAAAGUCGUGAAGUGGGAACGAACCUAAUAUUCGGUAGGAUACUGUCAAGCUUGAUAAUAACGAUAAACGCAAACCACAGCUUUAAGCUUAACCACUAUUGCGAACGUAGACUACCGACUCGACCGUAAUUCUAAAGGUAGUGCAAACUGUAGCGACAACCUGAAGUCCUUGUCAAACGCUGGACGACUAGCCUGACCGCAGAGACAAAUCUUACCGUAAAGCAAAUCCAAACCGCGACUCUAGAAAGAACCCUGACAUUAACCUGUACGGCAACCCCCUAAUCGACAAGCAUAGCCGUAAACUUUAUCCUAACCCCGAUGCCAAGGCUAAUCCUACCAAUAAAGGUACUCCGCAGCCGUAACAUCUGGCUAGAACCCCCACACCAACUCUAACCCUGACCCCAAUCAAAAGUUUAGCUCUAAUCCUAGUCCUAAAUGCAAUUGUGGCUUGUGAACCUGACCAAAUUUGACCCUCUAGCAUAGGCAUGUGUAUAACACUACACCUAAUUCCACCCUACGCAUAAGCCUGCUCCUCAGCUUAGCCUCAGCCUUAACUCUGGAGCUUGAUCUUGUUUGUUCCGGAUCCAAGGCUACGCGCAGACCAUUGUCAAUCACUUCACGGGCUGUAUUGACCCGAUCAUACAAAGGCAUAAAAAUGACAUCGAAUACUGGCGUGGACUCGAACACAUCCUCAGAAGAGGUGCGUUGCCGACUGCGGGUGUAACUAAUCGUUCGCCCUAACGCCUUCUCAGUUGGCACGUGGACUCAGUUCGCCAGCUGCGACCGUAAGUAUUCUUCGUCACGUGGGAAUGGCGUGCAUUAGUCUAGCCUGGUUGCUGAAUGGAGUACGUAGGCUUCGAUAGCAGAUACCUCAGAAUUGACUAAUUCAGUCGCCCUAGUCUUUAUCAGCAUUUCUUCUCCGUUAUUUAACCACACGCUCUCGUGUGUCGGCCCACUUCUUCGUCAUCUGCUCCCUACCGUUGUUGAUUACUUUGCCUAACUUGACUAGUGAAGGGGGCGAAAGUCUGGUGUUUUCACUUUUACAUUACUGCCAGUAUUUUUUGAUGUUGCAGUACUAUAGCUGUUUGCUUGGGAUAGAAUAGAUCAUAGGGUAUUCGCUUUGCACACUGUACCAUUCCUACUCACGGUUUAUGCGGUCAGUCAUGCGAGCAUCGGUCUGUUACAGUCUGCACGGAACAUCCUCUUUUCUUGCUUUCGACCGCGGUCGAAAGUUCGUCCUCUAAAUCUUUCGUUUUCACUCAUUUGUCUCUCCUGGGGGUCGUUCGUGCCAUUUGUCCUGCGACUCACUUUUUGCCUAGCAUACCGCCGUAGAGAGAUCCUUCACUGCAUUUGGGUAGGAAUCACCGUCAUUCUUUUCCCGAUGUACAGUAGGUGGGCUGACUCAUGAAAUGUCAACCGAAAUUCCGAAAUGCGUUUUCGUUUCGAAAAAAUUAAUUUAGUUGGGUUGUAAAAAUUGUCAGCCUGCAACAUAAUUCUAUAAUAUUUCAGUUGCUUCAGGAUGCCGGCUUUUGAGUGAACUUUCUUCCGGCUGCAUGCAAAAACUACACUGCAAAAAAACGACUUUCAAUGCCCCUAAAAGUCCAAUUAUAUUUUAUGGAAAACAUGCAUAAGAAUAUUUAUUCUUUUGUUCAUUCGGUAGAAAAUUACGUCUUCUUCCAAUCUUAUACUCGAAGGAAGGGUUUAAUUCGGUCUUCAAAAGCUUUUCCAGUUCCCAAAUAAUUCUGAACCCGCUCAACCGUUACACUUGCAUUCAGGGUUUCUAAACUACAAGCCGUAUAUUUUCCGAGUACGCAAAAUCACACAUUUCUCUAUGGUAAUAAAGGGGGACCAUAUAAAGUUCAUAAAAUUUAGCAGUGGAUUUGAUCCAUAUUGUUAACUUUACAAGCCACACUGGUACAUGCAGAGACCUGACAUUUUAUGAAUGGCCAUUCACAGUAUAAAAAUCUUACAAUUAGAAACUUUUUAAAACCUAAUUAUGUCCCUUCCUCGAGUUUAAAAUUAGAAGAAGACGUCAUUUACUGCCAAAUAAGCAAAGGAAUGAAUAUUUUUAUGCAUCUUUCCAUGAAAUAUUAUUGAACAUUUAGGGGCAUCGAAAAUCGAUGAGAAAAAUUCAUGCUCCUUAUGUAGUCAUUUUUUACAGAGUGUAGUUUUUGCAUGCAGCCGGAAGGAAUUCCAUUCCAAAACCGGCAUCCUGAGGUAACUAAAAUAUUAUAGAAUUAUGUUUUAGGCUGACUAGUUUUACAACCUCCUUUAAUUAAUCUUUUCGAAACGAAAACGCAUUUCGGAAUUUCGGUUGACAUUUCAUGAAUUGGCUCACCUACUGUAAAUCUACAUUCUCUUAGACAGAUGAUAAUUAAGGAUCGUUUGUUUUCUACGACGAAGGACAUAAGUCCCUUGGAGCCUCUGGUAGACAUGACGGUCUCCCAUGUUAACCAAAGUAAACAAAACUGACAGCUUACAAGGCCGCGGUGAGUGCAUAUCACGCGUUGACUGGCGUAUGGCGCGCUAGGGUUAGGUUUAUAUCAUUGGCCAUUCCAGGGUUCCUAGUCCUCUAAUACGCCCACACCCAUCUCAAUCCAGGUUACUCGUACUAGAGUGGAAAUUUGGCACCGAUAACUCCUCCCCCUCCAUUGUCCUUCCUGGACAAAGUAAUCGCAGUUAAGGCCGAUGUCACUGUAACUCACUGUGCAUCAGUCGUCCCACUCCAUUGAUUUGACAGUUCAUUUGAAGUGUAAGGUCUCCUACUGUUUUGCUCUCUCUGUGAAGAUUGGGUCUUGCCACUGUUGUCCAUGGUUCCUUCUACCGAGCGUCUUAUUGAAAAUAUUUUUACCUGCCUCUCCUGUCAACAACCCUUCCCCCUUUUUUAUGAGAAAAGUCAAAUUAGGUAGUUUGGUUACCUCGUGACAGGCCUCCUUCCGCACAGAAGACCAUUCCUCAAUCUAAUUUUUGAUGGAAUGAUCUGCGCAUUCUCGCGAUCGUGUUAUCCCAUGAUCGACCUCGGUUUUUUUGUCCACGGCCUUGAAAUCACCACGGCGUCACCUUUUGCUCCGUCUAUGUUCAAAAAACACCUUUUUAUUCAAUGUUUAAAAUUAUCCGUCUUCACAUCCUCUCGAAAGCCUUGUUCUCGUUAGGGAAAAGGAGACCCGAUCGCUGAAACAAGAAUUUUAUUCGCCGGAAGUUGCGGAUUCACACUCGAAUCCAUCAGCAGAUGGGAGCAGUGGACACACAAAGGUUGGAGUAUUUACAGUAUACAGGUGUUCUUCCACAAUAUACUUGUCAACUUAACGGUCCCGCAUUCAUCGCAGGUAAUCGUGCUUGAUACGCCGGUGGUUGGAUCGCCCACAUCCGAGCCGUUAAUUAUCGCAAUUUCAGUACCAAUGUUGAGUAUUGACAUGAUACUUACUUGACGGUUUAGUUCAUCUAUGCAGUCACUGGAAGCGAUGUUCGUCCGCAACCAGGUGUUGACAUGAAGGAAACGUCUGUAGUCUUCUACCGCAUUUGAUGCUGUUGCAAGCAGAGCAACUUUUUCGGAGAAGCGGGGAAAUUAUUCUGGGCGCGGAUGGUGUAACCACGUUAAUUUUCGAUUCGCGGUUCAUUUGACGGGAUGCAUUCACACCGUCAAAUUCGACAAGACAGGAAUUAUCGCAAGAGAUGACAACCGCGUCGGGCGCCGGCUGCUAAAGCCGUGGUUCUCGGACACGCAUUCUCUCGUCCCUCUUCCAAAAAAGCUAGACUGAGACUUUGCGCGAGCAGAGUGAUUGAAUAUGUUGGGGGAAUGCGAACGAAAACCGCUUCCAGUGGCGGUAUCGGUGAGUCAAAUGACCGAAUCAGUGUCACGCCUUUGCGAUGAAAGUGCGGCAAUAACUGACUCGGGUUCGACCUUCGAAACCAUCAUCACAUUAAGUACGACCAUUUCCGAUGAACUGGAAGUUGCUAAUUUCCAUAAAUUUCCUCCAAAUGCUCCAGCUCUUGUGCGCCCUUAUCUUUCAUUCUCAUCUCUAAUGGGUCCGAGUGUGAAUCCGAAAUCGAAUUAUUGUUGCAGCGAUCAAGUCUUUUUCUCAGAAGCUUCAUGCACCUCUUUACGUUUUUACCGGCAACUAAUUCUCGUUGCCGAAAACGUGUCUUUGCCAUUCAGACAACUGGUAAGAUUCUGUCUGCUCAUGUUGCAAAGUAAUUGAAAGUUUACUAUGCUUAUUUCGCCAUUUUGCCAGCGUUGCUUUAAUUUUUCGAGGAAUAGGUCAGGUUUCAUCUAAGUGAGCCGUAAAAUUCUCAUAUUUAGGAGCUUUUUCCUCUUGUCUUUAGACUCACUGAUGGGUACUCAGCUAGUGAUUUAACACAGCUCGCAAAAGACGCCGCCCUGGGUCCGAUCAGAGGUGAGCUGAGCUUCCACUUGUUUUUGCUAUUUCUACUACGCAAUCCACGUAAGUUUCCGCCAUCUCCUCACAUGCCCGCCUCUCUAUAAAGUCCUCCUCAUUGUUGCCGAUCUGGCACAUCCAAGGAUCUUUCUCAACCCCACCCCCCUCCCAAAGCUGAGUCAUUUAUUGGACGUCGCCCAAAAUUUAGAUGACUGUUUGGGAUUGACAGACAUGGCGCACUGUCGCUAGCAAUGACCAAGAAAUACUUCCAGUUAACCAAAUAGGUGUUCAGUGAAAAGAAGGGGAGUAAACCUUUCGCACAGUCCUUACCUGACACUGGACACGCACCUAUGGUAAUCACAGCAUCUAUUGCUAUAUGUGUGCUUUAACAACUGCGACACUUGGCCAUGCCCCGUUUUAAUAUGGAAUCCAGUGGAGGGGGUUUAUAUUCAAUUCAGAAGGAAUUAGGCAUACUUCGGACAUUUCGACUGAUGCCGGUGAGGCAGAUGUCUGCCUGCGUUGCGUCAACUUCUGAACUGGUUGGAGCGAAUAUCCACCUCGGCCCAGGGCGUCUAUUUGUCAGUGGAGAUGUCUGUGCUUUGUGGACGUGCUGAUACACCGUUUCACGAGGUCCACGCGUGUUUGAUCAGCCACAUGAACUGGACACCUAUAAUUAGUCGGAUACAUCCUCAAGAGCCUCAUUAAGCGAGUCGAGUGGACGCACGCGUAAACAGGGGUCUGAACAUCAACAACGCACUUGAUAUGGCGGAUGCUGGAGGUGGGGAACGCAUUAACGCUCAUUCCGGCCGGUACAACAAAACAGGCAUUCAAGUGCAUAUUCGAAAGGAGUAAUAAAUGUGUAAAUCGGUCAGGAGACAUAUCCUGUGACUGCUGCGGAUAAUUUGGACAGGAUCAGCAACAUCACUGUUACUGGCAACGCCGGAGGCUCUGUCUGGCAGAAAAAGGCCAUUGAAAGGUGCGGUGGAAGAAACGUCGAUAGGUAAAUAACUGCUGAAUUGCUCGUGGACGGCAGAUCUGUAUGUCAUGUCGGUAUAGUCGGUUUGGGUGAGCAUGUGUCGCUGGCGGUGAAGUGUCUCGGAGCUGUUACUGUUCUGCAAGAUUGGGCCCGGCGUCCGACUCCACGAAUUAUGAUGGACCUGGAACAAUCAUAAUGAAAUUUGGAUGGCCUGAAAUGUAUGCAACGCCCUACGGCAUAAUGGUCGCAGACAGUGGGCGAACGUGGAAGCCCUCACUGUGAAACAUGGAUGAAACAAGGGUUGCGUACCUGCCCUAAAUCUUCUCAGUCCUCUGUCCACCUCAGUGUCAAUGGACGACCGUCGUGAAGGAAGAGCAAGUAUCGUCACUGGCUGAUGAACCAACGGGAAGCCGUUAAAUCAAAGUCUCAUCAAUGCCGUUGCGAAAAUCUUCAGGGGCAGGACAGACAACCUCUUCUAUGACGUUUGCGCACUGAACCCGGCAAGUGAAGCGGAUACUGGCCAGGGUCCGGACUUCCUCGUCUAUGGAUGCACCAACUUCGAAUGGACUGCAACACGUAUCAACUUGUUGUCAUACUUCAACCACUGUCAGCUGUUUAGUAUGCUGAACCCGAUGUCGUUGCCAGUCAUGUCAUCGUCGUGGACCAGUUUGCUUACCUAGGCAGUACAAUCAUAAGGAGCAUCGGAAUCAAUGAUGAUCCCGCUGCACAGUCAGAUGUUCGACAGCCUCCAAUCCUUCGUGUGGAAUCGACGCGGCGUCGUCGAGGCCAACUUUUGCCGUCACCUUGGCAACGUGUCUCUAUGGUGCUAAAACCCUUAUUAUUUACUACAACUGAGUGAAGAGGCCAAAUCGCCGCCACCCCUAGCUCUUUCAGGAGCAUUCGGUAGGUGAAGUGGUGGAAACAGAUCCUGACCAUCGCAGUACUACAGUUGUCCGGUAUGCUCGGUAUAUCUGCAUGUCGGAAGCAGAUGAAACCUCGAUGGGGUGACCAAGAUUCAUAGGGAACCGUCAAAUAGGAUAAGCAAUCCUGGCGCACUGCCGCGGGGAAGGAAACAGCAAUCUUUCAAGUCAGUAGACUAAGGGGGCCAAAGAAACGGAGGUGUACGCAUAAGAAGAGGUGAGAAGAAGUAGCUGUGAUCGCUGGAGCAAGAGACUUAUUCGCCUGACGUUUCGGAUUCUUGCACGAACCGAUCAUCGGAGACGGGUAGUUAAUGCAUAUGAAGUUGCAGUACUUUUAAGAUGCAGUCGCUAUGCAACCACCUACGUAGGAUAAUUAACGUCUCGACCUUCAUUGAAGAUGGUUGCCCUCUGGUACGCUAAUUGCUUGAUGGCCGACAGGUAAGGCGUUUACUGCUGAAAUUUCAUCACCAGUGUUUGAUGUUGGCGUGAUGAUGGCUCGGUCACCUGACCCACCGACCUGUGCGCUCACUGAGUGGCUAAUUACUUUGGCCAAGCUAAGUUUCAGCACAAAUCGUGGGAUGAGGGGACUAUUGCACUCUCUAAUAGACUGAGAUCCAUGUGAACUAUAACUGCAGCAACUGUCAGCUCACAUGACUAUCACCUUUCAAAAUAGUUUCGGCCCAUCGAAUUUGGGUGUGUGGUCGGGUCUUGUUGAAUGAGUCGCGACUUAAGAGUUGGCGUCAUUUUUCCGCGCUGCUGUCGCGAGCUCGGCGACUCGCGUCCGGAGCAGUCUUCCAGUUUCUCCGACGUAACUGCCUUGUCCGCAACUGCAUCAGAUCCCGUAAACGACUCCAGAUGUUUAUUGCCGUGGCAGUGGGUCUUUUGGUCUGAUUACUUGACGUCAGGUGUAAUGAGACAGCGGUCCUUCAAGUCUACCAGAAAAUAAAGGCAUGAGCACAAGAAGAGGUGCUCAGGAACAACUUUGAAGACGCCUAACCCGCUUCAAAUACCACCACCGCCAAUGCACAUUUGGCACCCACAUCAACCGCAGCGUCACUAGCAACCAAUGUAGACACCGCGUCGUGAAUCGCCGCAAGCACUUGCCAACCUUUUCGCACUUACUCGCAUUGUUAACGUUGAGUUUCAGAUCGGCCUUGACAUAUCGCUGAAUACUUCAUUAUUUUCAGUGUUUUUCCCGAUCACCCAUAAAGACGAGUUCUGUACUAUGUAUCUGUUGAAAAUUUUAAAAUAAAGCACUCCUUGAGGGCAUUCACCGAAGUAGCGAACGUUUGGGCGCUCUUUUUGAUGAAGGUCGUUUGGGUCACUUCUGAAGGCUCACUCAAGCAGAAAACCACAUCGUCAAAUAGAAUGAACGUCCACAACGAAAGUCAGCAUCGAAUAUGCCUUCGAUGAAUUAGAAAACUUUCUCAAACAAGUCACCUCUUUAAGCAGUACUCUAGUGCAGCACUCCGUUGACGGAUCUCUGUGUAUUUUGCAUUUUUGCGCGGUGAGGCUACGAAAAAAAUUGACACUUUUGGCGGUUCCUUUCACGUUUCCAAACAAUACUAACAGUUUUUUUUAUUUUACACGUAGGAACAUGCCUUUCUUCUUAUAUUGCGGUCAUUUGCACUGUUUUUACUCGCCAGUAGGCUUCAAUCUACGAUUGUGAAUGCAGAGCAGGGUGCCCAUAUAAAUACUGAUAUUUUGCUGAAACGGUUAAGGUUUUGCUCGCUCCAUUUCUGAAUUAAGUAUUCGCUGAAGCUAGACUGUACGACAAGUAAUGUUUCAUAUGCCUAAAACUAGAAAUAACUAUUCGGUGGUGGUCAUUUCUGUGACGAGUACGAUUUUCCAAACAGCAAAACAAUUUCAGCCCAUUUAAACGAAGGAUUGACUGUGUGCGUUAAUACUGCACUUUAUUGCACCAAGCACUUCCCACCAUAGGGAAUAUUCCAGUUCUCAACCCACAGGACAGCACUUUUGUGGCUCAAUAGCAGAGCAUUGGGCUGUUUGACCCUCAAUUACCAAAUAACUCGAGUCCAAAUCCCAUGGCACCCAAACGUGCGAUUGAGUUGGGCUGGCCGACUGGCGACGACCAGUAAGCCAUGGACGUCCAUCCCACUCUCUCUUGUCCCCUUUUUGUAUACUCCUUUCCACAUCAGUACUAGUCGGUAUACGACUAAAUUGAACCCUAGGAUGCAACGGCAGAAGCACGUUCUGCAACCCCCCACGCUGCCAGCAAUACUGUUGACGAGUCACCUUUCCAUCAGGGACCUUUUAAUAUCUCCUUCACUCUCCUUGGCAGUGUUUCGCGCAACUUACAUUUCCCUCAUUUACCCAGCACUCACGAAUUCUGUGCUCGUUUGCACAGCGUUAUGCGGUAAUUCUUUUCACAACACCCUCUUUGGCCUGUUGACUAGAACUGAAGCCCGGCCAGCUGCAGCAUAUUCCCAAAGCAGCUCUUCGCCCGGUCAUGCUGAAAGACUUCACCGACAGUCUGCAGAGGAUACGGCCCAGCCUGACCAGUCAGUCUCUUCAGAGUUACGCCAAGUGGAAUAGCAGUUUUGGCGAAAACCGCUCCGCCGAGACGGCAAGCGCCGCCAGCUCGUCUUUCCUGUCAAAGUUAUUUUCUUGA